GGAUGAGGGGAGGGGAAGAAAAGAGGAGGAGAAGGAGAAAGAGGAGUGGGUUGGCCGCAGCGGCGGCAGCAGCAGCAGCAACCGCGGCGGCGGUGACUGCGGGUACUACUCGCAGGCCUCGGGUGCUGCUGCUGCUGGCGGUGGAAGCUUGUGGUGUGUCGGGGGCUCUUUGGAAGAGGCAGCAGCUGCCGCAGCCACACUGCGGGGUGGGGGGAGGGGGGAGAGGGAAGAAGCCGCCGGAGCCGCCAGCCAUUCGCACGCAUUUGGAGAUUUGAUGAUAUGCUUCAGAGAACACCUUGAGCGUACAUUUUCCUGAAGAAUUAAUUUAAAAGGUCUCAGAAGUACAAGAGGUAGAUGUACAAAUGUCUACCCCAAGACGAAAGCGCACUAUGUUAUGUACUUUACCAUAAGCUGUCAUAAAAUGAGCUCAAUUGCAGACAGAGAUGACGGUAGUAUUUUUGAUGGGCUGGUGGAAGAAGAUGACAAGGAUAAAGCAAAAAGAGUAUCUAGAAACAAAUCUGAGAAGAAGCGCAGAGAUCAGUUUAAUGUUCUCAUCAAAGAGUUGGGAUCUAUGCUUCCUGGUAAUGCACGGAAGAUGGACAAAUCCACUGUACUACAGAAAAGCAUUGAUUUUUUACGGAAGCACAAAGAAAUCACUGCACAGUCAGAUGCCAGUGAAAUUCGACAGGACUGGAAACCUACAUUCCUUAGUAAUGAAGAGUUUACACAGCUAAUGUUAGAGGCUCUUGAUGGUUUUUUUUUAGCAAUCAUGACAGAUGGAAGCAUAAUAUAUGUAUCUGAAAGUGUAACUCCAUUACUUGAACAUUUACCAUCUGAUCUUGUGGAUCAAAGUAUAUUUAAUUUUAUCCCAGAAGGGGAACAUUCAGAAGUUUAUAAAAUAUUGUCAACUCAUCUGCUGGAAAGUGAUUCAUUAACACCAGAGUAUCUAAAAUCAAAAAAUCAGCUUGAAUUCUGUUGCCAUAUGCUCCGAGGAACAAUAGAUCCAAAAGAACCAUCUACCUACGAAUUUGUGAAGUUUAUAGGAAAUUUCAAAUCUUUGAACAGUGUAUCCAGUUCAUCACAUAAUGGUUUUGAAGGAACCAUACAACGAUCCCAUAGGCCUUCAUAUGAAGACAGAAUUUGUUUUGUAGCUACUGUUAGGUUAGCUACACCUCAGUUCAUUAAGGAAAUGUGCACUGUUGAAGAACCCAAUGAAGAGUUCACAUCUAGACAUAGUUUAGAGUGGAAAUUUCUCUUCCUAGAUCACAGGGCACCUCCCAUAAUAGGAUAUUUGCCAUUUGAAGUUCUGGGGACAUCAGGGUAUGAUUACUAUCAUGUGGAUGACCUAGAAAAUUUGGCAAAAUGUCAUGAACAUUUAAUGCAAUAUGGGAAAGGCAAGUCCUGUUAUUAUAGGUUCCUCACAAAAGGGCAACAGUGGAUUUGGCUUCAAACUCAUUACUAUAUUACCUAUCAUCAGUGGAAUUCAAGGCCAGAGUUUAUUGUCUGUACGCAUACUGUAGUGAGUUAUGCAGAAGUUAGGGCUGAAAGACGACGAGAACUUGGUAUUAAGGAGUCUCUUCCUGAGAUAUCAGCUGAUAAAAGCCAAGACUCUGGAUCUGAUAAUCGUAUUAACACUGUUAGUCUCAAAGAAGCGUUAGAAAGAUUUGAUCACAGCCCAACUCCUUCUGCUUCAUCCAGGAGUUCAAGGAAGUCAUCUCAUACUGCAGUGUCAGAUCCUUCCUCAACACCAACAAAGAUUCCAACGGAUAACAGCACUCCUCCCCGACAGCAUUUACCUGGACAUGAAAAAAUAACUCAAAGGAGGUCAUCAUUUAGUAGUCAGUCCCUAAAUUCUCAGUCUGUUGGUCAGUCUUUAGCACAGCCAAUGAUGUCUCCAGGUACAACUUUACAAAUUCAACAAGGAAUGUCACAGCCCAUGUUUCAGUUUUCAGCUCAGUUGGGAGCCAUGCAGCACCUAAAAGAUCAGCUGGAGCAACGGACCCGGAUGAUAGAGGCAAAUAUUCACCGACAACAAGAAGAACUCAGAAAAAUCCAAGAACAGCUGCAAAUGGUUCAUGGUCAAGGGCUACAAAUGUUUUUACAGCAGUCAUCCUCUGGAUUGAAUUUUGGUUCUGUUCAACUUUCAUCUGGAAAUUCGUCAAAUAUGCAUCAACUUACACCUAUAAACAUGCAAAGUCAAGUUGUUCAGACUAAUCAGAUUCAAGGGGGAAUAAAUACUGGACAUAUUGGUUCCUCUCAGCACAUGAUGCAACAACAGCCGUUACAAAAUCCAGCAACUCAGCAAACUCAACCAAACAUUCUCAGUGGGCACAAUCAACAAACCUCUCUUUCCAAUCAGACUCAAAGCACGCUGCCUGCUCCACUGUACAACACUAUGGUGAUUUCUCAGCCAACAACAGGAAAUGUGGUCCAGAUUCCAUCUAGCAUGCCACAAAACAAUAAUCAGAAUGCUGCAGUAACCACUUUCACCCAGGACAGACAGAUAAGAUUUUCUCAAGGUCAACAACUGGUGACCAAAUUAGUUACUGCUCCAGUAGCCUGUGGAGCAGUUAUGGUACCUAGUACUAUGUUUAUGGGUCAGGUGGUAACAGCCUAUCCCACUUUUGCUGCACAACAGCAACAGCCACAGACAUUAUCAAUAACACAACAGCAGCAGCAGCAGCAGCAGCAGCAGCAACAGAGCCAGCAGGAACAGCAGCUAACAACCAUUCAGCAAUCAUCUCAGGCUCCUCUGACUCAGCCAUCACAACAGUUCUUACAGACUUCCAGGCUGCUUCAUGGAAAUCCUUCAACUCAGCUUAUCCUCUCUGCUGCUUUUCCACUACAACAGGGCGCUUUGACUCAGGCCCAUCACCAGCAGCAACAGCAACAGCAACUUACCCGGCAUAGAACUGAUGGUUUGACCGAUCCUUCCAAAGUUCAACCACAGUAGCGCAUUUGCCCCUUUUCUGACAUUGAAGGGGAGAGAGUGGCUAUUUCAUAAAGAGUUGCACUGAUGACCCAAUGAUGGUAGGAAAAAUUUAGACUAUAUAAGAUGCAGUAUUGGAAGUCUGUCGGGAGUGCUAUCUGGAAGUACAUGUUAAGUACUAGCCAGCAGGAAGAUGAUCAUAGGGAUGUGGCCAAUUCUGACAGUGUUUUAGUUGCCCAGACUUUUUUUUUUUUAAAUAAGAAAAGAGCAUCAUGCCAAAUGUUAAUUUGCCCAGUGGAGCCCAAUCUAAAGUGAACCAGAAGGGCUUCAUUUCUAGUAAUUCUGUGCAUUUGUUACAGUGGACAUACUGUUGCCACACAAGUGGUUUGAAUUUUGCUUAAAAAAAAAAUGCCAUGAAGACAGUCCAGAAGACUUUGUCCUUUGUCAGGUGAUUAUGGGACAGUAAAUAUUUUCAGAAUGUUGUGUGGAAUCAAAUUUUCUGUUGUACAGAUGCUGUAAAAUAUUGUGUAUAUGUCUGGAUAAAAAGAGAGCGCGCAAAAUA